GGGAGGAGACAGGGUAGGGGCGGAGCCAGCGUGUCUCGUGCCCGGUUAGUUAGCGGAGCAGCUCGCGGGCAACAGACAGAGGGAUGGUCUCGCGCUCGGCGCUGGGCAGCAGCAGGUCAUGUUGUCCGCGCGGCUGGAGACCUGCCCGCGUGUCACCUUCAGCGGAGCGGGAACUGCGGCGAAUCUGGCUCGAGGACCCCAGGCAAGGAUGGGCGGGGAGGCGUGUCCCCACAAGCUGGGCUCCACCAAUCACCUUCGGCUUCUCCUCUACAUCCUGAUUCCAACCGUGAGCCUGCUGGCCGGCCUCCUGCUGCUCGUCCUGGUCCUCACUGGUAUAUUUGGCAGCACUCACUUGGACCCCAGCCUCCUCCCCUCACCCAAACCCAUCGCCGACAGCAACCCUGGUUACCACAGCAACAGCACAAGUGACCCCUACCCCUCCUCCUCAUUCACGGUGGAAACCGUCACGUAUUCACCGCAGAACCGCAGUGAGAGCACACCUGCCGCCACCGGCGUUCCCCCGGUGACCUCUUCUCAGGCUCCGCCCACUCAGCCAUACACAACGCCCCCUGAUUGGCUUGCCUCUGUGACAUCGCUGAGCACCGCUUGGCCGAGCAGCACCGCCUCUGCGCCCAACACAGGUAGCUGUCAGCUGAUCGUGGAGCCUCAGUGUCACAUGUUGCCCUACAAUCAGACGUGGCUGUCCUCCUCCGUCGCCGUGGUGAAGAGCUCAGAGGUGGACAUGUUGCUAAGGUUCUUCAGCUACCUCAGCAGACUCUCAUGCUACAGACACAUCAUGCUCUUUGGCUGCUCGCUGGCUCUGCCCGAGUGCAUCGCAGCUGACGGCGCACACAACAGUGCGACCGUAUGUGGCGGGAAAGAUCAUUAUUUGUGUGCGACUGGGAUUUGCAUCCCUCAGAAACUGGUGUGCAACGGCUACAACGACUGUGAUGACUGGAGUGACGAAACACACUGUGUGUGUGCAGACGGCGAGUUUCACUGUAACACAGGUCGGUGUCUCUCGCCCGCUCUGGUGUGUGACGGCUAUGACGACUGUGGAGACCUGAGUGAUGAGCUCAACUGUGUGUGUGAUGUGGCCCGGGAGCACCGGUGUGGUGAUGGGCGCUGCGUGUCCAGAGACUGGCUCUGCGAUGGGGACCACGACUGUCUGGACAAGAGCGACGAACUCAACUGCUCUUGUAAGAGUCAGGGUCUGCUGGAGUGCAGGAACGGUCAGUGCAUUCCUUCUGCGUUUCGCUGCGACGGCGAGGACGACUGCAAAGAUGGCAGCGAUGAAGACAACUGCACCGUAGACCAGAAUUGUUUCAGCAUGAUGAUGGUUCCCUCUCGUAUUAGUCUUCACUCUGCGCUCUGUGUCCCAGCUCGCUGUGAGCCAAUCAGCCUGGAGCUGUGUAUGAAUCUGCCCUACAACCUCACCAGCUUCCCCAACUACCUGGGUCACCUGUCCCAGAGAGAGAGCUCCGUGUCCUGGGAGUCCUCUCUGUUCCCCGCUUUGGUCCAGACCGGCUGCUACCAGUACCUAAUGUUCUACGCCUGCACGCUGCUGGUACCAAAGUGUGACCCGGUCAGCCUGCAGAGGGUGCCGCCCUGCAGGUCGUUGUGUCGUAGUGCAAAGGAGAAGUGUGAGUCGGUGCUCAGCAUUGUGGGAUUGCAGUGGCCGGAAGACUCAGACUGCAGUCAGUUUCCAGAGGAGGGAGGAAACACAACCUGCCUGCUGCCAGAGGCCGGAGUCGACGAGUGCUCUCCGAGCCACUUCAAGUGCAGGUCAGGUCGCUGCGUGCUGGCAAGCAAACGCUGUGACGGACACCUGGACUGUGACGACCACAGCGACGAGGACAACUGCGGCUGCUCUGAGCGUGCUCUGUGGGAGUGUCCCGGCAGCACAGUCUGCAUUAAAGCCAGCAUGAUCUGCGAUGGGUUCCCAGACUGCCCCCAGCUGGUGGACGAGACCAACUGCUCGGUGUGCAGGGAUAACGAGCUUUCCUGCAACAACCAUCAGUGUGUCCAUCGCACUCUGUGGUGUGAUGGAAAGAAGCACUGCUCAGACAGCUCCGACGAAUGGAACUGUGGUAGGAUAGUCUCACUUUUAAAACGUUGGAGCAGAGAGCAGAGAGUUUCAGUCCUGUGUACCAGAGAAGAGUGCGGUCUACGCCAGGCGGUGGGCCUUCACCCUCACAGGAAGAAGCGGAUUCUGGGUGGCCGGGUGUCCCGGCGGGGGGCGUGGCCCUGGCAGUGCUCGCUGCAGAGCGGUCAGAGCGGACACGUCUGCGGCUGCGUCCUCAUCGCCCGGAAGUGGGCUCUGACAGUCGCGCACUGCUUCGAGGGGAGAGAGAGUGCAGACCUGUGGAAGGUGGUGCUGGGCAUUAACAACCUGGACCACCCAGGAGGUCACAGUCAGAGCCGAGGGGUGCGCUCCAUCAUCGUACACCCGCGCUACAACCGGGCGGUGGUGGACUACGACAUCAGUAUAGUGGAGCUGGACUCUGAGAUUGAGGAGACGACCUUCGUCAGACCGGUGUGUCUUCCUCAGCCGGGCCAGCUGCCUUUACCCGACUCCUACUGUUACAUCACCGGCUGGGGUCACAUGGGCAACAGGAUGCCCUUUAAACUGCAGGAAGGGGAGGUCCGGAUCAUCUCUCUGUCUCAGUGUCAGUCCUACUUCGACAUGAAGACCAUCACUCCCAGAAUGCUUUGUGCCGGCUAUGAAGCUGGAACCGUCGACUCCUGCAUGGGUGACAGCGGCGGCCCACUGGUGUGUGAGGAGAGCAGCGGUCGCUGGACGCUGUUCGGCCUGACGUCGUGGGGCAGCGUGUGCUUCAGUAAAGUGCUCGGACCCGGGGUUUACAGCAACGUCACGCACUUCACCCCCUGGAUCCAACAGCAGAUCUACAUCCACACAUACCUGACCGACUGACACAUACGCUCACUCACUUCCUGCUCCAAGCUCUCAUUCAUUCCAGAAGGAAGUGAUGUCAUCAUCAGCCACAACACACGUUCAGUUCCUUAACCUGUGCCUAUACUGAUAGCCUUCAGACGCUGUGUGAGCAGCAGCUGAUGUUGUCGGCGAUUGAAAGUUACAUCCAUACAAUCAGUCACUGAACUCUGAUCUUAUUGUUCUCAUUACUCGACACAUUCAAACCUACAAACAUCACAGAAACAAAAACAUAACCUCUGUGACGGUUAACCAACGCUCAGUGCUUCAUGCUGGACUUUAUACUAAGAUACUUUUAAAUUAUGUAGUUCGAACCAACCGUCAAACUUCCUGGGGCUGAAAAAACGACGAAGCGUCAAAGACGGCAGUUCCUCUGCUGGGCUUCAUCUGAGCUGACUGAAGUCACAGAAAACAGCCAGGACACUUUCACUUUUCAAUUCAAUUUAUUUCAGUACAACUUUAUUUAUAUAGAACCAAAUC